AAUUGGUCACAAAUGGGGAGGCUUAUUGAUUACACGGGUCAGAGAGGAUGUAUUGAUAUGGGGAUAACAAUUCAGUCCUCACUAGCAGAGGUGAUUGCAACACAUAAAAGAAGAAGGCACAGAGUUGAAAAUCUCAACAAAAUGGAGGCAGGGAUUGAUGCAAUUAAAACAAAGGGGCUGACACACGAAAGAGAUGUAGUGCUAUGGAAAGGCAAAGGAGAUCGAUACAAGACCAAAUUCAGUACUAAUGAGACAUGGGACGCAAUUCGGGAAGCUAGGCCAUGUAUGGAAUGGUGCGAGGGUAUUUGGUUCCUCCAUGCCACACCCAAACACUCUUUCAUAUCAUGGCUUGCAAUAAAGAAUCGCUUAGCAACUGGAGACAGAAUGCUAACUUGGCAAAAUGGAGUAGACCCGUCUUGUGUUUUCUGCACUCAACAAAUUGAAGACAGAGACCACCUCUUCUUUAAGUGUUGCUAUGCUGAAGAAAUCUGGUCUGGUUUGAGCCGUAAGAUACUUGGACAGAAAUUCACCACAUCGUGGAGUGAUGUUCUCAGGAUCCUCACUUUUCAGCUAGCCAUAUACUCAAUAUGGAGAGAAAGGAACAGUCGGAGGCAUGGAGAAACACCGAUACCACCACUGCAGCUGCUUCAAACUCUUGACAAACAAGUUCGGAACAGGAUCUCCUCGAUUCGAGAACAAGGAGAUAGGAGGUACGAUGGAUGCAUGGAAGCUUGGUUUGCUUCGAGAUAAACACUACAAGGGAAUAGUUUGUAAUUUUAUUUCAUCACUUAUUAACCAAACGAUGCACUUGAUGUAAAAACGUUUUUUCGAAUAAAUUUUACAUUU